GUUCGUGCUUAAGUUGAAAAAGUGUUGGCGAAAGCUCUCGGGGCUUUAAAAAGCACCAGGUAGCUUUGAAUAAGCUUUUUAACGGCUGUUAAAGAACUGUCUCAUGAUAUUUUCAACAGGUAUGCUUUUACAGCGACUCGCCAUACGAUUAUCGCAAUGCAGAUUUCUGAAAAUUUAAGUAAAAAGUCCGUAGCGACGGCUAUAUCUCAGCUUUUGAUACGCAGGACUCCUCGGAAACGCUUUCUUCUGCCUGUUAGAUAUGUACAUCCAAAGGAACAUAAUGUCUCCAUUUACCCCACGAAUACCGCAUAGAAAGAAGCUUAUCACAUGAACUAGCUUCAAUCAUAAGCUUCUGUUCUGUCGCUGGGGCGCAUGAUUGAGCUUUAGCUGCGGAAACGGAACGAAUGGCAGUGGUACAACAUCUGUUAUUCAAAGAGGCACAAUUUAGUAGACCUUGCAACCGUCGCGGCCGAGACUGAAGGAAUUUUUGUAUUGUCUGAAGGAAAAGUCUGCUAAGGAUAAAACGGCAUCUGGGGUAUCUAUAAAUACCCCGAAGUAUACGCAUCACGCCUACAACUGCGCAUGCCCCAGCCCCCGUCGGAGUCUCAACCCAGUCGAGGCCGAGACGCAGCAAAAGCAAAAGCAGAAGCUGAAGAAGAGACAGCAGCAGGUGACAGCAACAGUGACACCUUGUGAAACCUCAAGGCUGCCAGUGGAGGCCACUCGGAUUGCUCCGUUUGCUGGGAAUGGCCGCCGUGGUUCAUGGCUGCAGCAGUCCGCGACAGCGCUCCUGCAAUGGCAGUAGCUCGCCGGGCGCCCAUCACGGGUCCACGCCCUCGUCGGGGCCUGCUAUGUACACCACCAUGCCUAAGUAUUCGCGGACGGCCAGCCAGACGCUUUACGCGACCAGCCAGCAGAUAUUUGGCAGCGGCAUGGGUGUAAGCAUGCCCAGCGACGGUGCAUAUGGCAACGGGCCGAUCUACAUGUCAUCCGGUCAGCGUCCGCUGUCAGCAUCUGCACUGCCGGAGACGGCAGCGGCGAGUCGGAGCUAUUGGGGCCAUCAUGCCGCCUUCUACCACGGCGGCAGGCACUACAGCAAGCGCAAGUCUGCGGUGGAACUGUUGGCCGAGUCCAAACCGUUCUACAUCAAGUCGGAUGCGGUUUUCGAGCGGCUGCAGCAGUCGGGCUAUCGAAACGGUGGCAACAAUGGAGCCGGCUCUAAGCGGGGUCGACGCCCGGAGGAGGCACACGGUGGCCAUGGCGGUCACGGCCAUGGCGGCAGCGGUCACUACAAUUCCCAGGGUUACGAUGAUCUGGAGGAUCGCCGCUACAUGAGCUUGUCCCGACAGCAGCAGCAUCAGCAGCAGCAGCUCCAGCAGGCCCAGCAGUACAUGCACAACCAUCAUCCGCAUCAGCACCACCAGCAUCGGCACGGACACGGUCAUGGCCAAGCCCAAGGUCGUGCUGGGGGCGCCGCUGUCAACAACAAUCUGCUGCAGCAGAAGUUGCGCAUGUUGCUCGGCUCGGAGGCCGUCAAGGAGAGGAAUGGCGGUACCUUGCGGCGCCACGAACUGAACGACGGCAGUUCCGAACUGCUGCCUACAGACUAUGGGGAGGACGAGGGAGGAGCAGGCCCAGGUGGAGCCCUGAGGAUCCCCCCACCCCUCUACAUGCCAUCGCAUGGUUAUGGAAGGGACUCCUCCGCCUACAACAGCGGCGGCGAGGAGCCGCUCGUGCUAACCGAGAACUACAGACCAAUCAGUCCGCCGGCCGAGUAUGCCGCCAAGUCGGGACACGCCAACAAUGAUCGCUACAGGUACAACUACCAGCGUUCCUACUCGCACUCGCACGAAGUGCCCCAUGCGCCGGAGGAGCGGACUCCAUACGCUGGCGGGGACUUCAACAUCAACAGCCACAAGUCACUGCCGGAUCUGCACACCCAGAUCAGUCGGCACUCGCCGCACAGCGAGAUCCUGAGCUGCUGCAGCCGCGGCAACCGCUCCAUCAAGUCUGCCGGCGAGUCCUCCAUUAAUCGCGAUUCAGGAGGCAGUUCCGGCCACUACACGCACCGCAGCGAGCCAUGCUACAAGCGCGAGCGGCAGCGGGAGCCCAAUGUGGGCACAGCGAGUGGCACCAUUAAGAACUGCUGCACCCUGGUGGCGGCCACGAGACGGGAUAGCGGCUCCUCGACCCAGCACAGUGCAAACUCCUACUGCGGAUAUGUGACGCCGGGCGCGGACUAUCCGUCGCUGAACGGGCGCAAUACCGACUGCAUCGACUGUCGUUGCAAGCAGGAUACGGCUCCUUUGAGCGGCUAUGACAAUGCGGCGGCCUCUGACUAUUUGCUCAACUUCACGCCUACGCCAGAGGUGCCGGAGGCCUUCCAGGAUGACUACACGCCCACGCCACCGUCACCAAGGAUGAAGACGCAGACGCCACGCUACUCGAGCUCCUCCAGCCAGCAGCUGCACACUAGCUCGCAGGGCUACACGAGCAUCAAUCACUCGCAGAGCUCCUUGGUGCAGAGUCCCGGGUCGGCACCCUCCGUGGACGACAUUAGUCCACCGCCCAUACAGUUCAAGCGGCAGCGCUGCAUCCGCUUCAAGAACCGCAACCGACUGCCGGUGCAGCCCCAGCCGCGUACAUCGCCCAUCAACAGCAGCGGCGUGGAGAUGGGAGGUGGUGGAGGACCUAGUGUCGGUGUAUUGGCUGCCUACAAGCAGCAUCGGGGAAGCGUGGAUCACGACAAUGUGUUCUUCCCCAAAGGUUUCUCGGCAGAUGCCAGCUAUGCCAGCGCUCACAGCAUGGAGAUGGAGCGCGAGGCUCUGAAUGCCAGCAUCUCGGAACUGGAGAAGUUCUUCGAUCGGCUCGGUCUCAAUGACGAGGCCUUCCACGAGAUCUAUAGCCAGCCGCGCAGGCAGCACAAUCCGGAGACCGACUCCGACGACUCCAGCACGGUGUUUUUCUCGGACGUGAGCACCGUGGACUCGAUGCGACUGCCCGACAGCACAGAGACCCAGCCGCAGACCACACAGACCUAUCGCCCCUCGGAACCGCCCUCGAUCGUGGAGCGGAAUGCGCGGAUCAUCAAAUGGCUAUGCAACUGCAAGAAGGUGGCCGCCCAUUUGCACUGAUAGAAGAGCACUUCCAAGAUUGAUUCUUAGCGAGUAUUUUGUCUCUUGCAAGUACCCCGAUACAACCGCAUACAAUAUAUACACAACUAUAUAGUAAUAUAUACUAAAAUAAUGCAUAUAUCAAUAUGUGUAUAUGUAUACACGGCUCAAAAGUCAAGUCAAGUUCAAGUUCAAGUGUAAUAGCAUGAUUAGAAUCACCUACCUGUACAACGGAAACGGAAAUAGAAACGUAAACGGAAUUCAGAGUUCAGAGUUCAGAAUUAAGAGUUACGAUUAUGGAUGUGCGUUUCUCCUCCUUUGCUGCAUCAAUUGCAGAUCAAUUACACCAUUGAUAUUCAUAUUUAAAUUUAUAUUGACAUUGAUAUUGAUAUUGAUACUGAUAAAGAUAUUGAUAUUUAUAUUGACAUUGUACUACUACUCGUAAUCAAAUAGCAACCGAUCGUUCAUAUUACUCUUAUACACAAUGGUAUUAUUAGAUGAAUUAUUGUACAAUUAGUUAUUGUAAUGUGCAUGUGUAUACGUGCCAUAUAUAUUGUAUAACUAGUUGCCAAACAAACCACAAAAAACCACACAGAACAAUUGAAAUUGAAAUUGAAAUGAACCUACCUA